AUGGGGAAGGACGAGGAUGAGCUGGCGUGGCCGCUGUCGCCGGUGCUGGGGGAGCUGCGACUUCUGGGGCUGUGGGUGCCGCCACCGGGCCGCCGACUCCGUCACCGGCUGCUGCUCGCCUUCGCCAUGGUCUCACACAUCGCACUCCUCUUUAUGGUCAACGGCAGCUUCAUAGUGAACACCCCUAGUGAUCUCCCGCAGAUCUCUUUCGUCGCUUACAACUGCCUGACCGACAUCGGGCUCACUUCCAAGGUGACCUACCGAGUGAACUCAGCGUACUGGUUUGUUGCUCCCAUCAUCAGGAUCAUAACGGCUCCAAGGUCUGAAGAUGGUUUACCAGUGAGGCGAGAUCUGCCCAUCCCUAUGUGGGUGCCAUUCGACACCCAACCGUCGCCGGUCUACGAGAUCCUGUACUGCCUGCAGUUCGCUUUUGGAUGGGCCGUGUCUGAGACCACGGUGCUCGUGGACGUCUCGCUGAUCGCACUCAUGCUGCAGGUGUCCGCGGAGCUGGCGGUCCUCAACGACAACCUCGCCGCUGGCACAGGGCCGCCCUUGCAGCUCUUACCUGCCUCAGAGUGCGACACCAGCGACUCAAAGCUCCAGUCUACCAAGAAAUCACCAUCGUUGUUGGAACUGCCAUAUCCUGACUCUCUGCAGGGAAGAACUCCUCAUACAGACAGUUCGAAAGACGAGACGUAUCAACAGCUGUUGGCCAACGUUCAGCACCAUCAUAUCAUUAUCGGGUAA